UCGAUAAAAUUACAAAUUGUGCAGCACUAGCAAGAAGCAGUUUAGUUACGUUUACUCCGUGCAAGCGCGAUACAAAAAGUUUUUAAAAGGGGGAAAAUCGACCGUAUUAGGCACAGAAAGUAUACGAAAAUACUGACUCAGUCCCUGCGCAGUAUCGGUGACCAAAGAAGCUGCUCUCCACGGUGAAAAGUUCUCGCAAAAUCGGCAUUUCUGAAAGUUGCGCGUUCACGGUAUGCGAAGCGUGGCGUGUGUGUUGAGUUGAGUUACCUGCAAUUGUGUGCGCCUGCGAGAGUGGAAGUGGAGUAAGCCUCGCCACCGUUUCGAAGUUUUGGAAAUAUAUAGGAAUUGCGAAACCAUCAGUACCGCCCAGCUUUUAUUCUGAACCAUGUCGGAGGCAACUGUGGCCCAAAAGCCGGAGGCGGUGGAAGUUGUGGAGGCGGCGGCGGGUGACGAGAAGAAGACUCCCAAACGCACUCCCAAACGCCGCUCGUUCAUUGAGCGGGCGCAGCAGGAAAGCGAGGAGCUUGUGCGAACGAUGGGUGGAAGUCUGGAGCUGGCGGGCGGGCGGCGGACGCGGUCUAGCACUCGAGGAACGCCGACGCGAGCCUCCGAGACAGUGACGCCGCCACCCAGCAAAAAGGCGCGCACAUCUCCGGCCUCGGCCACCAAGGCCAGCGCGGGAAAGGGACGCGGAGCACGUAAGCUAGACGUCGGCGGUGAUGAGCCCGAGCAAGAGGUGGAGAAGGUACAGACACCGGCCAAGGGAAAGGGAUCUGCCAAGAAGGACAAGAAAGAGGUCAAGAAGCAGGAGAAGGCAACUGAGGAAGAUGCGCCGGAGGAGGCGAAGGAAGAUGUAGCUGAGCCUAAAGAGAAAGACGUCAAUCCACCUGAGGUCGAGGACCAACCGGAUGGUGUGGGGAAAGUGCCUGCAGUUGCGGAGGAGAAGCAGAACCAUGUCGAUGAAGUCAAACCAAUAUCACAAGACCCUGAGAAUUCAACCGAAGAGGUGCCAAAAGUCGAAGAGCCACUGAAGUCGAGCGGGAAAACUUCGGAGAAUGGAGCCGCUACAGUCACUGCCGCUGCACCUGAAGAACCUGCUUCUGUUAUGGAUGUGGACGAAGAUGAGACGGUCGUCGAAAGCACACCUUCUGCAAAUAAAGAAAAGGCAUUAGUCGAAGAAAAAGAACCAGAACAGAAGCCAGAGGAACAUGCAGCAGCAGUUGUGGAGUCCAAGGUGCAAAGUGAGCCAGCCAAGGAACCCACACCAGAACCUAUGGAAGUGGACGCGAGUUCGAAAGGCAGUUCGGACACCGCUCAAGUAGACACACCAGCCACCGAGAACGUUCCCACCGCUCCAGAAACGGAAGCAGCAGCAAAGGCAACAGAGUCUAGCAAUGAUGUGGUGGAAGAGGCCACAGAGGUCAAAGAAGCCACAGAGGUGAAAGAAGCAGUUUUAGAAGUGCCCGCUGCCGAGCCCAAGGAAGCUGUAAGCCCUGUGGAGUCCGCGGAAGAGGUUACGGAAACCAGCACCACAGAGGUGACGGAGCCCAAGGAAGCCGCCAACAGUGAAGAGCCCAAAAAGGCUGUGGACUCUGCGGAAUCCAAGGAGGCGGUGAGCAAUACUGAUGAGAGUGCCACGCCUGUUUCUGUUGAGGUUCCUGCCGCCCCCGCCUCCAAUGAUGUCAGCAAGACCUUGGAAACCGAUGCCACCGUGGUUAAGACUGCCGACAGUCCAGCAAAGGAACCACAGGAAAUCAGCGAGGUCAAGAAGGCCGAACUUAAUGUAAAUGGUGAGCCCAAGAUCGCCAACAGUCCCGCCGAGGUGGGCGAGAAUGCUGCGCCAAAAGUGUGUAACUAGACAAAUCCCACCGAUGGACAAUCAACAACCUUAAUGCGUUGCGGAUGUGUA